AAAGGUGUUUUCAAUUAAAAGAGAUGUUAUUAAAAGACCGCCAGUGCCAAAGUGAAGUUAUGUCCCCCAAAAACCCAUUGUUGUGUGUGGUAAAGAGACGCGCCAAAAGGGCCCAAAUAAAUGCUACCAAACGAAAGAUGUUUGACGUAGUUUAAGCAAAAACAUUAUUGGGCUACACACAAUUGGCAAUUAAGAAGAAAUAAUAAAAGAAAGCCUGACGACGCGCACAACUCACACACACGCGACGCAGGCACACGUAUACAGGCGUAUAUCGAUAUCUGCGAGUUGCAUUUCGCGCCGUGGCGGCAGCACAAAAUAAACCAAAUAACCGAAAAUCAAUUGGCGUCCAUUUGAAAAAAACGUCGGGAAAUACCACUAUUAUUAAUUGUUUCUGUGUUGCUUCUUUCUCGGGUUUCCUUCUGCUUUGUAUCGUGUCCUUAUUCGCAUCUCUCGAUUUCUUACCCCUGCCGGAGUACAGUUGCGCCUCGAAGCCAGAGCAAGCGAAACUACGGGAGGCUAACGAUACGGAAACGGAGAGCACGGGCACUUGCCAAGAUCACGGCACACAGGACACAGCAGCACCGGCGAUAUGGGUGAAGUCAAAUCCGUGAAGGUGGACAACUGGGGGGUCUUCUUUCUGCAGAAGCUGCAGAACUUUUUCAACAAGACGGACUACUGCGAUUUGACACUCCAGUUUCGGGACAAUUCACAGCUAAAGGUGCAUCGUCUGGUUCUCAGCGCUUGUACUGACUACUUUAAUGUGCUGGAGCAGACGUGCGAGAUUGUUGACGAUGCCCUUAUCAUGCCCAACGAGUUCCAGGCGGACGUGGUGGUGCCCAUUGUUAACUUUAUGUAUACGGGCACCCUGGAAUUCGAACUCAAAAUGUACGGCAAGCUUCUGCGGACCGCCAAGGAGAUGAACAUGACGGUACUGCUUAAGUUGCUGGAGGCACAUCGUCGUACUAUGGAAAACGUGAAUCGCCAGCAGAGGCCGCCUAGUCCCAAGGGCAUCCGCAGGCGCACAGUUGGACAGCCCAGUUCGGGCCUUCCCCAGCAGCGCGUCCUAGGUCCUUCCCCGCAGUCUCGGAGUGUGGGCACACCCACCAUGCAGAGAGCCAACACACAGCGUGGAACUACUGGCAACGCAAUUAUCCGCACCUCGGGUGGCACAAAUCGCUCACAGUAUGCGGAGAGCACCGUUAUCAAGCAAGAGCCAACUUCGCCAUUUGAGCAGCUGCGCAAGGGAUACAACAAUAAUAAAAGACCGGCACAGACCAGCCUGCUUUCGCCGCCCUCUAAGAAGCCUAGUUUGGAGGAGGUAAAGGAGUUUGCCGAGCAACAGCGAAUGCGUAAGCAAAUAGCCGCGGAAUACGGUGAUCACGAUCCUGAAUAUGACGGAGGCAUGUUGUACGAUGAUGUCCAUGCCGGGGACGAUGAUGACGAUGAUUUGCCGCCACAGCCAUCUACGUCCAAGCAGCAGUCACCGCAGGGCACACAGACCCAGCUUGAGCAUGGAUCCACCACCAUUAUCCUGAAGCAGGACUCGCCCAGCCAGACGCCCACGAUAAUUGUUAAGGAUUCUUCCAAUGCCAAGCUGAAUCACACCAAGAUCAUUGCCGAAGUCCUGCGCCAAUAUCCGCACAUUGUUAAGGGUCACAAGAACAUCAAACUGAAGAUUAUGCCGAACACACCACCAGCGUCCGCAGAAAAGCCUGCUCCGGCGACGGUCAAGCGGGGAUCACCAGUAAUGGCGAAUCAGUCAUCCGCCUCGACAUCGCCCCACAAGAAGCUGCAUGUGUCGUUCAAGGCGGACAAGAACGCGCCCAUGAUCACCGCUCAGCAGAAGGUGAGCGGUUCUCAGCAAAAGAGCGCGCCUACGCAGUCUAUCGCCUCGCAAGGGGCAGCGCCGAAUCCACCUGUCAAUGCCGCCGCAGCCCAGAAGCGACGAAUUGACAGUAAGACAAUGCAUGCUUUGAUUGCCCAAGGUGCCGAGAACACUACAGGUCCCUGGCUGUGCCUACGGUGCGGCGUGAACGGACGCCCCAUCAGCAUUCCGUCGUACCGGGGCUUCCGACGCCAUCUGAUCAAUACGCACAAGGAGGCCAUUGACCCGGCACUCUGUGAGCACUGCGGAUGGCGAUCGGGCAACAACCGAGAGCUGCAUUUCCAUAUGUAUAUAGAGCACCAGAUCAAGUCGCUGCUGUACACCUUCGCCGAGUGCGCGCUUUGCAACCAGUCGUAUUUGACUAAGGGCGAGUUGGAGAGCCACAUCAACGAGGCGCACACCGACGACAACAAGCAGCAGUGCAUCUACUGCAACAAGGUGUUCGAGCAAGAGCUUCAGUUGUACAGGCACAUGAGAAGCUACCACAAAGAGCAAGCCGUGGAGGAUGGCAUCAUCGAUGAAACGGACGAGGAGUUUCUCGGUUCGCAAGACGAGGAAGAGGAGGAGGUCGAAGGAGGAGAAGAACAAGAACCCGAGCAAACUGGCAAAGUGCGAAUUCUUUCCGACAUCAGUUUGCCAGCCACUAGUGCCAUCGCAGUACAGCAAGCUCAGCAGGAGCAACUGCAGGAGGAAGAGGUGGAAAACGAGCAAGUGCAGCAGGAGGUGAAGUUUGUGGGUGCCGAUGGUAAUGAGGUGGAGCUUACAGACGAGCAGCGCAAGGAGAUCCUUUCACAGCUCAACCAGCAGCAAGCAGGCGCUGCCGCCGGUGGCGUGGUUAUGGUGCUUAGUGAGCCAGAUGCGGAACCCGUGAAACAGGAGGCCGACGAAAAAUCCCUGGCCGGCACCGAGGAGGAGUAUGAUGACAGCCAAAUCUACAGCGAGCUGGCUGCCGCUGACUCUGUGGAGAGCGCCAAAAAGAGCAUUGCAGAUGAGAGCAAGGAGUCCAUGGACAAUCUGGAAUGGGCUGAGAACCUAAUUGCCGAGUCCGAGGAGCAGAGCAACAAGGAGCCCAAAUCGGAAAAGUCACGAGAUGACAUCAGCGAAAAACUUAAGGAGCUGACCGGAGACUGGACCGAGGAUGAGAACGAAGACGAUGUCGAUGACAAGCCCGCAACCACGGAGCUUGCGUCCGAACUAGCCGCAAAGCAUUCAGAAUCAACAGUUCAUGAUGAGGAAGAGGACGACAUUGAUUUGGCUCUUCAGUCUCUUCAUAAAGGACAUGAAGAUCAUACAGUAGAGAAAACUGGUGAGGAUUCGGUCACCAGUGCCGAAGAAGGUGAAGUCCCAGUCGCUAGUAUAAAUAACCAAGCCGAGAAAAUGGAUGUAGACUUGGAAGCGGCGGACGACAAGGAUCCAAAGUCAGUCGUCACGAUCAAGAAAGAAAAAGAGAUUGAAAAUGAGGAAGAAGAAUUUAUCAAGGAAGAUGCAGCCAUCGCCGAUUCUGAGGCGGAAUCAAGCGAAGUGGUAGCUGCCGCUGAGGGCGAAGAUGAGGUGCAUCUCGAGGCCGAUAACAUACGCAAAGAGCUGUUAGAUGAAUUAAUAGCCGAAGCCGAGAAACCUAUUUCGGAAAAGAGCAUUGUACAACCUGCGGAAGAUUCCACGACAGAGUCGUCAGCUCCAGCCUUAGAUAGUGCAGUGACGAACGAGGAUGAUCUGGUGCCGCCUACUCAGAUGUCCGCCGACCAAUUGGAGGGUGAUGGGACAAAAGCGGAAAAUACAGCCAAGAAUAAUGAUAACACAAGGUCGACGGAAGAAAACGAAACCGUAGAGGAUAUACCAAACAAGAGCGGGGAUGCAUUAGCCGCAGAAAAGGCGACUCUAGAAACAGCUGCUGAGGGAACGACGGUUGGUGAUGCAGCCAGUGCAGACAAGGUGAAGAGUCUCAUUAGCGAAUGGGGGGACGAUGACGACGAGGACGAGGAUGAGAAUGGGGUUAGUGCGGCGGCAAAGGAGGAGCUAUAAUUACUAGAUUUAUUUAUGUUCUAGGUUCGGCAAUUCAAACCAGAUAAGCAGAUAGUACCAUCUUAGCUCGGCAAGAAUUUUUGGUUUCUAAUGUAAAUUAAAUUGUUAACGAAGAUUGAGGUGUUGAAAAGAUACGCAUAUGCACAGGUUUAAGUGUAUAAGAUCUAAUCUACACGUCUCACGUAAUUGUAAAUCCCCUCCCAUCCCAUACAUGUUUCGCUGCUAGCAUGAAAUCGUAAAACUUGUUGAAGUCACCUUAAAUGAGAGAUCAGAGACCAAACAACCCAACAAAGUAACAUUUCGCUAUUUAUGAGUGUCAGUUUCUUUCACCCCUACACCACAAGUAGAGCAACCAACCAACAAUUCACGUUUAGGUAAACACUUUAUAUACACCUAUAUAUAGUAUACAUAUAUGCCUAUUUACAUACAUAUAGAUAUAUGUAGUUACAUAGGUGUUGUUUUAAUUGGUUUAAAACAAUGGCAGGAUGUUCCCAGAUUAAUAAGUAAAAUGAUUGACGUUUUAUCAUUGAUUUAGUAAUAUUCAUAAAAAAAGGUUACCCUUUUUUUUGAUUACCAACUUAAGUGUAAGGUUUAUUAUACAUAAUAAAAGCAUACAAAAAAUAACAAA